AUGGAUCCUCUUUCCUCAGCGCGAGUUGUUAUCGCGGUCAUUCAACUGACAGGAAGCCUCGUGAAGCUUUGCGGAGGCUACAUGCAAGAGGUGAAAGAUGCGCGGCACGAAAUUUCCACCUUGCAACAGGCGAUUACAGGCCUCCAAGGGACACUCCAAGACCUGCAUAAAUUCCUUCAAAGCAACGAAGGAAAGAUUCUACCGACGUCCUCACGACUAGUCAGCAAUAUCACCGAUUGCCUCUCCGACCUCCGAGCCUUAGAAGCGAGACUUGAUCCGGGAAAGAAAAAGAAGCUGAUGAGGAAAGUAGGAUUGCGAGCCUUAAGGUGGCCCCUGAAGCGCGCAGAGAUGGAAGGCGUUAUUCAGAACCUCGAGAGACAUAAAUCUUCAUUCCUCUUGUCUUUACAGGUGGAUCAGACUGUUCUCAUGGUCAGCGUCGCUCAGGAUAUGGAUCUUGUGAAGUUGGAAGGUGCGAUAGAGGCAGGUUUUGAGUCAUUCUCCGAUCGAGACGAAGUCCAAUGUCUCCAAGGCACUCGGACCAAGCUCCUCCAGCAGAUAAUGGAAUGGGCUAUGUCGCCGUCCCAAAAAUGCAUUUUCUGGUUAAAGGGAAUGGCUGGGACAGGAAAAUCCACAGCAUCUCGGACUGUGGCAAGGUUGCUCAAGGACACCAAUUAUCUAGGUGCCAGCUUCUUCUUUAAGAGGGGUGAAGGAGACCGAGGGAACGCGAAGAAGUUUUUUCCUACACUAACAAGGCAACUGAUGCUCAGGAUUUCUGAGCUGAGGUCUGGCGUGCAAAAGGCACUCCGAGAUGACCCUGACAUUGCAUCAAAGUCGCUCAGGGAGCAGUUUGAGAAACUACUCCUUCAACCGCUGCUCAACCUUGACCAACUUGGUCGACAACCUCAAACCGCUAUAAUAGUGAUCGACGCCUUGGACGAGUGUGAACAUGAUCAAGAUGUCCGAAACAUAAUUCCAUUACUACCUCUUCUCCAGCAGGCAAAAGCGGUUCGCCUUCGGAUCUUCUUGACUAGUAGGCCUGAGCUCCCAAUCAACCUCGGCUUUUCCGACAUCGCGGAUCAUAAAUAUCAGGACCUAGCUCUUCAUGAGAUAUCCGAAGAAGUAACAGCGCACGAUAUACACUUAUUCCUACAACAUCAAUUUGCGAAGAUCAAACACGACAGAAAUAUUUCUGAACACUAG